AUGGACGAUUUCUUAGCUUCUCAGCAGCUCAUGGAGGAAGGAGCUCGCGCUGAGCAUGCCACGAGCGACGCCAGAGGCAGGAGCCCGACGCCGGACGACAUGGCAGACGGCGCAGGGGAGGAGCAGCCCAUAGACCUGACGACACAACCCCCCGCACCGAGCCAGCAAACCAUACCCAGCUCCCCACCAUUCGCAGCUCUCCACAAGCCCUUGUCGCUCCUUCUCACCGGUGAAGACCCCGCGGCGUCCCAAUUCACAGGCGAUGAAGGCGCCCCACAGCCGCAAAGUGAUGUCGAAGUGCCGGAUUCACAGCUUGCACCAGCGUCCCCUCGCUUGCCUAUAACACCCGCCGCAACCUCCUCCUUCGCUAUACCCGCAACACCGCAAGAGGGCCCAACACAGAAGAAGAAGAAGAAGAGGAGCGGGAAAAGCCGGCAAUCGCUGCUUGCUGAGGUCAACAGCCUCAACUCGGUACUCGGCCAGGGCACGCCGUCGAACGACAAGGAAAACACCACGGCCAUGGCCGUCGACAACCCUCCCGCCUCGGCCCCACGGACCAAGCGCAAGCGCAAGAAGACAUACAUAACUCCGCCCCCAACCACGCCGGGAUCCGAGCGAGCCGCUGCCGCACGCGGGCAGGACAUAUCUGCAAUGCCCUUCGCUAACGUGAUUGCCGGAGCAGAAGGAGCUCCAACACCCAUCAAGCGCGUAAACAAGAAGAAGCGUGGUUCUCUGAUUCAAGCCCUGCAAGAGAGCGCGCGGGACGAGUCUGCGAAUGGCGAUAAUGCGAUCGCGCAGAGCGAAAUCGUGGAAGGUCGCCUGAAGAGUGUGGAGGGGAGACUGCGAAAACUCAAGAGGUCCAAGCCGCCGCUCUCCGCCAUGCUAUCUGAUGAUGAAGUCGAUCGUACCCUGGAGGUUGUUGAGACUCCUUCAAUACGCAAGAAGCCCAAGAAGUCCAGGCAAUCUUCGUCGACCAAGGCUUCUACGAGUAAGAAUACUGAAGAGGUCGUUGAGGCUCCACCGGCAUCCAAAAAGCGCAAGCGCAAGUCAAAGGCUAAAGACGCUGAAGUCCUCGAUCAAGACGCCUCGGGUGCUACUAAUCAAUCUGAUGCGAACCUAAUGCAGCAGGAUCCGCUGGCUGACGAGGAGAACAUGCAAAACGCGUCUUCAUCCGAGAAAGCGACACCAAAGCCCACAAAGGAAAAGAAACCGAUGUUACCGCCCCUCACAAACACGCCAGCUCGUCGCUAUGUUCGGAAAAGCACGGUAGACUUGUCCAAGUACGCAGCCGAUAGAGAGUUGAACAACAACCGCAACCUAAAUCACCCACCAGUGCUGCCAGAGAGCGGCAGAUUUACCCAAGACGAGGACGAGAUUCUCCGCAGAGCUAUUUCAGACUACCAGCAACGCAACAAUCUUAGUACAGUCGAUCUCGUUGCCGUUAUUCAAUGGACCGACCCGACCCAAGACCCAUGGAACACAUGGAACAAGCGCAAGAAGAGCGAAUGGGAUGCGCAGCAGCUCGAAGAUGAAGCCGAGAGUAAAGAAUUUUGGCAGGAGAUCCUACACACUGAGCCUCAGCUAAGACGCAAGCCGGAGAUUAUCAAAGGCCACGUGCAAGCGCGAUACCAUACCUUCAAAAGCGGUGGGUGGACCGAGGAGGAGGAGGAGAUGCUGAAAGAGUUAAUGGAAAAACACCCAAACCAGUGGAAAACAAUAUCGUUGAUCAUGCCCGAUCGAUCUGCCGCCGAUAUCCACAAUCGUUGGAAAGAUUACGUACAGUAUGGCGAGCAGCGGAACACUGCUCGUUGGACGCGUGCCGAAGAGGAAUCACUUGUGAGCGCGCUCACCACUGUAAUACAGAGAGACGAAGAUGAGCGUGAUGAAAUGGGGCUACCAUCGGUUGCGGAGUACACGAACAAGGACAUCAAUUGGUCUGCAGUUUGCGAGCUCAUGGGCAAAGUUCGCAGCCGUCUCCAAUGCACAGUCAAAUGGACCCAGAUGAAGAAGCGGGACGCCUCGGUCAACAUUCGUCCUGUCUACAAGCGAGGCAGAACACCGGAUCCAACUCGUCCAGCGGCGCCCACGCCAAAGCCAAAGCCAAAGAAGAGGAAGAGCGAAGCUAACGGGGAUGGAACUGAGCCGCGGAAGAAGCGAGGCAGGCCAAGGAAAAGUGAAGUCUAUGUGGACAACGAUGAUUUGGGCCUUGAUGAGGCGAAUCCGGAUGCGGCGGAACCUGAGGGAGACUUCAAUUCGAGUGUUGCAUCCAAGGAGCCUAAGAAGUCACGCUCGAAGCGUUUCAAAGCACAGGGUCUCGUUGAGAACGUGGAUGAAACCGAUGACGAAUCACUGGCUACGACAACUUCUCAGAAACGCUGUCAGUCUACCAGAACCAGCAAGAAAACUGCAGAAGCAGCCAUUAGGGAAGCCCCCGGACAGGAUCUUAUGGCGCCCGAAGAGGAUGCUGACGAGGUAGCCUCUGAAGAAGCCAACGACGAGGUUACUGCACCACCUGAAGAGGAUGAAGAGCAGGAUGUUGCAGUGCCUGACCAUGAUGACGAUGAGGCAGCCUCUGAAGAGGUCAACGACGAGCAUGCUACGGCACCUCAAGAGGAUGACGAGGUAGCAGCAUCAGAAGAAAUCAACGAGGGGAGCAUUGCAACGCCUGAAGAACAUGCCGAUCAGCUGGAAGUAGCACCCGAAGUUUCAGGGCAGGUGGCAAGCGAGGAACUCGACGAGGACGAUAUUCCCUCACCUUUUGAUUUUGAUUACGGACACGAAGUUGCAGCAGCUGAACAAGAUGUCGAGCUGGAAGUCUCUAUACUUGAGGAAGACAUCGAUCAAGAGGAAGAAGCUGUUAAAGAACAUGAUGCACACGAGGUUUUAACACCCGUGCAACACGAUGACGAGCUUGCAACGCCCGAAGACGAAGAAGUCCAGGAGGAAGCAGUGGUUGAAGUGUAUGAUCCAUCUGAGCCGUCAGACUCCGUCCGUCAGGAAGAAAUAUCUGCCGCAUCCCAGAUGUCCAAGAGCUCAACGUUAAAAACGCCCCAACAGCCACGGAGAUCAGUUCAAGUACCCCCAGGUGUCGGCCAUAUGAAGUGGGGCGACAACCUCGAUAUCAUCGAAGCACUUGCCUUUGACUCGGACAUCACGGAUGUAGACGAUGUUGUAUGGCACGAACUUGCGGAUCUGUUGGAGAGCAAGUGGUCCCCAUCCGAUUUAGAGACAGAAGUCAAAGAGCUUCUCACACUGGUACCGGAUCAAGGAACAUGGGCUAGAACGCUCAAGGCUCUUCGUCGCCAUCUCGAAAAUAACGUUGAGCAGGACAAGCUUAGCGAGCACUACGACCCUUUUGAUGGCCCGUUCGAUGAUGGAGAGGUAAAUGCCGGGCUACAGGAGGAGACCGAGUCGCGUACAGAAGCGAACGAGCCGAAUUCGAAGAAGAAGAGGAAGAGGAAUGCUCAUGACAAGUCAACAGAAUCACGGCCAGACAAAAAGAAGAGAAAGAAGCGAAGUUCGAUGCCGAAGACUCCUGCGAACAUGUCUACCACGUCUGUCGCAAAAAGUGGAUAA